UGUCACUAUGUCCUUCCGACUUCCUAGCGGAUCCAGGCGGGUCUGUUCUCCAGCGGGCGCUGGUCGGUGGCCUGGCGGGGGAACAGGCUCCGGGGCUGGGAACGCGUGCAGUGGGCCGGGAGCCGGGAGCAGCUUUUCGUGUCCGCUUGGGAGCGUUUCCUCUGGAGGAGGCUUCUGCAGCGGAGGUGGAGGGCUGGGCAGCGGUGUCUAUACUGGUUUUCUUGGAAAUGAGCAUGGCCUCCUCUCUGGGAACGAAAAAGUGACCAUGCAGAACCUCAACGACCGCCUGGCGUCCUACCUGGAUCAUGUGCGAGCUCUAGAGGAAGCAAACACCGACCUCGAGCAGAAAAUCAAGGGCUGGUAUGAGAGAUACGGGCCUGGCUCCUGCCGGGGUCUCGAUCACGAUUACAGUAGAUACUCCUCGGUCAUUGAAGAUCUUAAAAGGCAGAUUCUGUCUGUGACCACCUGCAAUGCCAGCAUUGUUCUACAAAAUGACAAUGCCAGACUGACCGCUGACGACUUCAGGCUGAAAUAUGAAAAUGAGCUUGCUCUGCACCAGAGCGUUGAGGCGGACAUCAAUAGUCUGCACAGAGUGAUGGAUGAGCUGAGCCUUUGUACAACUGACCUGGAGAUACAGCGUGAAACACUCAGUGAGGAACUGACAUACCUCCAAAAAAAUCACCAGGAGGAAAUGGGAGUCCUGCAGUGUUCAGCCGGGGGGAACGUGAACGUGGAAAUGAACGCAGCCCCUGGAGUGGACCUGACUGUUCUGUUGAACAACAUGAGGGCUGAGUAUGAGGACUUGGCUCAGCAGAACCGCAAAGAGGCAGAGGCCUGGUUUAACGAGAAGAGCGCUUCGCUGCAACAGCAAAUUUCUGAUGAUGAGGGAGCAGCCACAGUGGCCAAAACUGAGCUGAUGGAACUGAAGCGCAAUCUGCAAACCUUGGAGAUAGAACUUCAAUCCCUCACAGCCACGAAACAUUCCUACGAAUGCUCCUUGGCAGAGGCCAAAGGUUAUUACUGCCUUCAGCUCCAGCAAAUCCAGGAUCGAAUUGGGGCGAUGGAGAAACAGCUCCAAGAGAUCCGCACAGAGACAGCAGGCCAGAAGCUGGAGUAUGAACAGCUUCUAGAUAUCAAAGUAUUUUUAGAAAAAGAAAUUGAGACUUAUUGCACAUUAAUAGAUGGAGAAGGAAGAAAAAACAAGUCCAUGUGUAACAAAUCAAAAGGACGUGAGCCCAUAAAGUCCGAAACUCAAGUCAAAGGCUCAAAAGAAGAAACUGUUCUUAAAACAGUGGUCGAGGAAGUAGAUCAACUCAGCAAAGUCCUUUCAUUGAGGGUCCACUCAAUUGAAGAGAAAUCCUCUAAAAUAAGCAACAUUGCAAUGGAGCAACGAGUACCUUCUACAGCACCAUAA